AUGUAUGACCUCGCUGAGGAGCUGAUCCAGAAGGAGAAGGCCUACGUGUGUCACUGCAAUGAAUCCGAGACCAAGCUGCAGCGUGGCGGCGAGGAUGGCUUGACCCCGAGAUAUCGUUGCGAGCAUGCAAAGCAGGAUGUCGACACCAACCUCAAGAAAUUCCGGGACAUGCGUGACGGCGAAUACGCUCCACAGACCGCCUGGCUCCGCAUGAAGCAGGAUAUUGAGAAUCCGAACCCCCAGAUGUGGGAUAUUGCGGCCUACCGAAUUCCCAAGAACCAGCAUCCUCACCUUCGGACCGGUACAAAAUGGCGGGUGUAUCCUACUUAUGACUUUGCGCACUGCUUGUGUGAUAGCUUUGAGGGUAUCACGCACAGCUUAUGUACCACUGAGUUCGUUCUGUCGCGAGAGAGCUACGAAUGGCUAAACCAGCUGCUGGUUGAGUUCCAGCCGAUGCAACGCGAAUAUGGCCGCUUGAAACUCGACGGCACGGUUAUGAGCAAGAGAGACCUGAGAAGGUUGGUAGAAGAAAAGGUCGUUCGCGGCUGGGAUGAUCCGCGUCUGUAUACCCUUAAGGGGAUACGGCGACGAGGUGUACCCCCGGCAGCUCUCCUUGCCUUUAUCUAUGAGCUUGGCGUGACCACCGCCCUAACCUCCAUUAACAUCAAACGUUUUGAGCAGACUAUUCGGCGGUAUCUCGAGAAGACUGUUCCUCGUCUUAUGCUUGUCCUCGACCCUGUGCGUGUGGUGAUUGAAGACGCUGAGGAGCAGGAUCUCGACAUACCCUUUCUGUCCAAGGCCCCAAAGAUGGGAUCCCAUAUAAUUCGGCUGACAAAGAGUAUCUACAUCGACCGCUCUGACUUCCGCGAGGUUGACAGCAAGGACUACUUCCGUCUCGCACCAGGCAAGAUCGUUGGUCUCCUGCACAUGCCAUAUGCUAUCAAGGCUACCUCUUUUACCAAGGAUGAAGCCACUGGAGCCGUCACAGAGAUUAAAGCCGUCUUUGACAAGGAUGGCAAGAAGCCCAAGACAUUUAUCCAGUGGGUGCCUGAGGGCUCGCCCAAGGCUGAAGUGCGUAUUCAUACCGCCCUAUUCAAGUCAGACCGGCCGAAAUCGGUGCCCGGAGGGUUUAUAAACGACAUCAACCCUGAUAGUGAGACUAUAUGGCCGAACGCCGUGAUCGAAGCUGGCUUCUACGAAGUGCGCCGUCGUGCGCCGUGGCCUGAGGCAGAGGGUGAGAAGACUAGGGAGUGUGGACCUGAGAGUAUCCGAUUUCAGGGCAUGCGAGUCGCUUACUUUGCCUGUGACUCGGACAGUACGGAUGAUAAGAUUGUGCUCAAUCGCAUUGUAGCCUUGAAGGAGGACCCCGGCAAGAGCAGCUGA